CUCGUUGCCACCCCACCAGCACCGUCACGAGCCGGGCCGCCUUCUUCUCCGACAGAUCGACCACCCACCGCCGAGUUCUGAUCUGCCUGCGAACGGAGGCGGCAUCAUGGACGUUGGUUUCGGGCCCGACGAGCGGAUCCUGUGGCCGGCCUCGGUCCUCGCCGGGGUCGCCAUGUGCGGAGCCGUGUACGACUUGACUCGCCAGGUCAGCUCCCGGUGCUUCAAGGGCUACAGCGGGCUAAACGAGAUGCACAAAGUCGAGUGGAACAACAGGGGAUUCUCUACGUUCCACGCACUGGCCGCGGCGGCGGUCUCCUUCUACCUGCUGGUCAUGUCUGGCCUCUUCAGCGACGACGCUCAUAGUGCCGCCGUGAUAGACAGGAAGUCAUGGCUAUCAGAUGCUAUGUUCGGGGUUUCUCUUGGCUACUUCUUGACAGACUUGGCGAUGAUCCUGUGGUACUUCCCUCGCCUAGGCGGAAAGGAAUACCUCCUGCACCAUGGGCUCUCCAUGUACGCGAUCUCUCUUGCCCUGCUUAGCGGCAAGGGGCACGUCUAUAUCCUCAUGGUCCUCUUCACCGAAGCGACCACUCCCUUCGUAAACCUGAGAUGGUAUCUGGAUCUUGCUGGCCGGAAGGGUUCUAAGCUCUACCUGUACAAUGGACUGGCUCUGUUUGUCGGAUGGCUGGUAUGGUCUGCAAGCUGCUUUACUGAACUUAAACCUCUGUCCCUCUUUUUUUUUUGGCAAAACUUAUGUCUACAAAGCAGCAAGCAUUCAUGCCUUUUCAUCUGUGUGAUUGCUCCUCCUCCGAUGUCUGAUGCUGCAGAUUGCUCGGAUCAUACUGUUCGCCUACUUCUUCGCCCACAUGUACCUUCACUUCGAUCAGGUAACCCACUCCUCCGAGUCGUCAUCCUAAGCACAUGUUCUUCUUCAGUCUUUUCAAAAAAGGAAACAAGUAGAUGUCAUGGUGGUGUUUUGUUUGUGCCCCCAGGUGCGGUCGGUGUUCCCGCUGGGGUUCUACAGCAUCCUGACGGUGCCGCCGGUGCUCUCGCUGAUGAACCUCUUCUGGUUCUGCAAGAUCUGCAAGGGCAUGGUGAAAACGCUGUGCAAAGCGAAGCAGAGUGCGAAAACGGACUAGGCUGUACCAACGGAUCGAGGCAGGUUGCUGAGAGUACUUACAGCGCCACUAGAUUGCGUUCAUCCAUUGUUUUGGUUUCCUGGCUCCUUGCCGUCAGGACUCAGGAGCAUGUGAUUACCUGCUGAAAUUUUAGAAAUGUUCAGUGCAAGGGAAAUUGCUCAGUCAGCCUGGGA